AUGUCUUUUCCAGUCCAAUAUUACCGGCCACACUCAGCAGUCUUGGAGGAACUCAAACUAGCCCCGACGCUAGCUGCCGCACGGGCGCUGCGGACCGCGGACCGGCCCCAUUAUGGAGGGGCCAAUGGGCCAUGGAUUGAUGGUGUCCCGGGUAGCGGAUCCACUCUGCUCUGUACGCGUUACAAAAUAACCAGCCGAUGA